UGAGCUGCGUUGCAGCCGAUCAACACAAGGAAAGUUGCUGCGGCAGCGAGACCCCUCAGCAAGAUUUCUCUCUCCAAUUCCCUCACCAGAUUGAGCAGGAUGGGUAUGACGACUGUCAGCGAGUUCUCCCGCCCGCUUGUUAUGUCUGGACCGUCAGGGACCGGCAAGUCGACACUAUUGAAGCGGUUGUUUGAGGAAUUCCCAGACAAGUUCGGGUUUAGUGUUUCUCAUACCACCCGCGCGCCUCGUUCAGGAGAAGAGGAUGGCAAAGCAUAUCACUUCGUUACGAAAGAAAAGUUUGAAGACCUGAUCGGUGAAAAGGCGUUCCUGGAAACCGCCAAGUUCUCGAGCAACUAUUACGGGACGAGCGUACAAGCCGUCAAGGAUGUUAGUCAGCAGGGGCGUAGAUGUAUUCUGGAUAUCGAGCUCCAGGGCGUGAAGCAGAUCAAAGCAAGUCACUCAGAGUUGGGCGCUGUAUACGUCUUUGUCUCCCCUCCUUCGUGGUCAACCCUCGCAUCUCGCCUUACUGGUCGUGGAACGGAGACAGAUGCAAGCGUCAAAGCACGUCUAGAAGCUGCAUACCAUGAGAUUCAAUAUGCUAAGGAGAAGAAUCACGACUAUGUCAUUGUCAACGACGACUUGGACCGCGCAUAUGCAGUAUUCAAACAGCUCGCACUGGGAGAAGAGGGCGUGAAGAGCGACGAACUGCCACCCCUGGACGAUCACGCAGACUACAUUCAGAUUCAGAAAUGAAUCCGAUUAUCGCUAUUUCGACAGUUCGGAGUGGCUUCUUCCUCACUUUACCCAAGAGCACAUUACUCGUGUUGUGACUGCCCGAGGGCAAUC